AGCAAAUCUGCUGCCUUUCUCACUGCUGAUACAGAUUAUACAGACGCUGCCUUUUUGAAAUGCCUUUUGUGAAACCUAUGUACACAGUCCUCCACUGUUACUGUACAUAACUAUAUAUUUGAGGCAGGAGUUUGACAAGUGAUUGUUAAUUCGAGGAAGCUUUGGACAAGCACUCACUUAUGUAUUGCUGUAGUGCACAAGAAAGCAAAAUGGACUAUAAGCGGCGCUUUUUGCUUGGCGGGUCCAAGCAAAAAGUGCAGCAACACCAGCAGUAUCAAAUGCCUGAGCUAGGCAGGACCCUGAGCGCACCGCUGGCAUCUACAACCCCAGCAUCCCCUUUGGUCUCCUCAGCUGCUGCGGGCGGCUGCAACCACCCCGUGUCCCAUACUACUCCGAUUGCAGACAUCCAGCAGGGAAUCUCCAAAUAUCUGGAUGCACUCAACGUGUUUUGCCGUACGAGCACUUUCCUUACAGACCUUUUCAGCAGCGUAUUUAGGAACUCGCACUAUUCUAAGGCAGCUAUGCAACUGAAAGACGUGCAGGAACAUGUCAUGGAAGCAGCGAGUCGACUCACAGCAGCAAUAAAACCAGAAAUAGCAAAAAUGCUGAUGGAACUGAGUGCAGGAGCUGCGAACUUUAAAGAUCAAAAGGAGUUCAGCCUACAAGACAUUGAGGUACUUGGGCGGUGUUUCUUGACGGUGAUGCAGGUCCACUUUCAGUUCCUGUCACAAGCUCUGCAGAAGGUCCAGCCAGUGGCACACUCUUGCUUUGCUGAAGCUGUAGCUCAGGAGAGAAAGAAUGUUAGUGGGGCUGGAGCCUCAAAUUUAAGCCCCACCAGUGAGCUAGAAGAUGCAAUAAGAUCAUGGAGAGGAGCAGCAGAGGCCACAUCUCGACUGCGAGAAAGAGGCUGUGAUGGAUGCUUGGCAGGAAUUGAAGUUCAGCAACUUUUCUGCUCACAGAGUGUGGCAAUUCCUGAGCAUCAGCUCAAAGAGCUAAACAUGAAAAUUGACAGUGCUUUGCAGGCUUACAAAGUGGCUUUGGAGAGUUUAGGCCAUUGUGAAUAUGCAAUGAAGGCUGGCUUCCACUUGAACCCAAAAGCUAUUGAAGCAAGUCUUCAGGGCUGUUGCAGUGAAGCUGAAGCCCAACAAACGGGCAGGCGACAGACUCCACCUCAGCCAAUUCAGUGCGAACUGCCCACUGUACCUGUUCAGAUAGGAGCGCAUUUUCUGAAAGGAAUAUCCUUCAAUGAGUCCGCGGCAGAAAACCUGAAGCUGAAAACACACACAAUGCUGCAGUUGAUUAAGGAAGCUGGGUGCCACAAUGGACUAACACCCCGGGAUGACUCUCCUGUUACCGAAGUACUAAAUCAGGUUUGCCCUUCCACUUGGCGAGGAGCCUGCAAAACUGCUGUACAGCUGUUAUUUGGCCAAGCUGGACUGGUGGUUGUGGACACAGCACAGAUUGAAAAUAAAGAAGCCUAUGCUCCUCAGAUAAGUUUAGAAGGAUCCAGAAUUGUGGUGCAAGUUCCAUCCACUUGGUGUCUGAAAGAAGACCCAGCGACAAUGUCUUUGCUGCAGCGCAGUCUGGAUCCAGAGAAGACCCUGGGACUCGUAGAUGUGCUCUAUACUGCUGUGUUUGACAUACACAGGUGGAAGGAAGGAAGGGAGCAAGCUUUGCCUUGUAUUCAGAUCCAGUUACAGCGGGAAAUCUCAGACUUCGGGAAUCAAGUUGACAUGCCGUCCGGAAAUGGAAGUAAAUCUUCAGGGGGUCUGCAAAAGACGUUCUCAAAACUGACGUCGCGGUUUACAAAAAAAACUUCCUGUACCAGUGCAAGUAAUGCUGGAAGUUACUCAAUCCCCAGCACGCCUUCCAAAAAUGUCUUCAUAAGCUCCAGUUCGGAGGAGAAAGCGAAAAUGCCCGCUAACAUCGAUGCACGGUUACAGAGCAUUUUGAACAUUGGUCACUUUCCCAGGACCACAGAUCCACUGCAGCCAGUUCAGAGCACAAAUAAUCAGCUAGUGAACGGGUUUCUACUUGAAAGACGGGACAACUUCUUCAAACCGGAUGACAGCAAGGAUGACAAAGGUAUGAAUUUGCCAACUGACCAAGAAAUGCAAGACGUUAUAGACUUCUUGUCUGGUUUUAACAUGGGCAAAUCCCAGCAGACUUCUCCGAUGGUGAAAAGAAGGAACUCUGUCGCAUCCUCUACAGCAACAGAACAAAAAUCAGGAACAGUCCAACAGCAGCCGCAGUCUGUGUCUCACGCACCGCUGCAUCCUUCUCAGCAAGGCCUGUCACAGCCACAGCAGUCACAAAAGCAGCAAAUGCAGUAUUACCAACACUUGCUUCAACCCAUUGGACCACAGCAGCGCGUACCUGCCAAAUGGCUGACUAAUUCCUCACAGCAGCCAGCCCAGGCUGUUGGAGCUGGGCUCUCUCACAUUAACCAGUGGAACAAUCCUGGCUUCUCAGAUUUAAGCUCCGAUUUGUACAGCUUGGGUCUUGUGAGCAGCUAUAUGGACAACAUGAUGUCAGAGAUGUUAGGGCAGAAACCCCAAGGACCUAGAAACAAUACAUGGCCAAAUCGUGACCAAACUGAUGGAGUGUUCGGGAUGUUGGGAGAAAUCCUGCCUUUUGACCCUGCAGUUGGCUCCGAUCCAGAGUUCGCCCGCUACGUUGCUGGCGUCAACCAGGCUAUGCAGCAGAAACGGCAAGCGCAGCACGUCCGCCGCCCGAGCCACACGCGUGGCAACUGGCCUCUUCCCGAUGAUCCUCACAAAACCUGGCCCUUUCCCGAGUAUUUCACAGAGGGUGAUGUGACAAACAGCUGGUCUGGUACGCAAGGGGACUCUGCCAGCUCGAGCGAUGAGACCUCCUCAGCUAACGGAGACAGCUUGUUCUCCAUGUUCUCAGGGCCAGACCUCGUUGCUGCUGUAAAGCAGAGAAG